ACUAUCGAUACUUGGUAUCGAUACGCCCAGCCCUAUCCAGUGUGCGAACUGUCGUGAAAGCACAUUGACGCAGAAAUAAGUAAGCCUCGUCAUUAUUUCCUCUCCAGUUUGUAAAUACUAAUGUCAUAUAAAAUACAUAUUUACUUCUUUAUUCAAUGAUAAAAUCGUCCCAGUGCGCGAGAAGCACUUUUCUGCUUCUAAUGCUCGUUUAUUGUUAGUUCGCUGAGCUCGCUCGUUAGCUUAGCUUGUUAGCUGCUAACAGAAGACACAGAAGUUAUCAACACAUCGCUAAGUAGAGAUCAAGUGUGAGAGUAAAGUGUUGUGAUUGUGUGAAAAUGUCUACAUUACAAAUGUUGAGAGCGUUGGUGGAUGAGCGACUAACUGCUGCCGUUGAAGAAAUAUUUGUAGUGUUAGAAAGAACGAUAGCAGAAUACGAGGCGGAACUUUCUCGAACAAAGGAGGAGAACAAUCGACUACUGGACGCUGUUUUCAGGAAACAUCAAGUUGUGUUACACAGAACAGAUGUGAGUGGGCUCGAUGCAGCAGGUAAAGGAUAGCAUCCUCCACACCAACCCCUGCCUGGUACGCAAACUGCAGGCUGUCCUGGGCAUGUUGCACCUGUGGUCUGAGGAGGCUGAGAAAGAGCCGCUCCAAUGUCUUCAUUAGAUGAGAGACCUCAAUGAAGAACAUCAUCUCUAUGAGCACGAGGAGGAACCACAGCCCCUCCACAUUAACGAGGAAGAAGAGGUAACACAGCCCCCCCACAUUAAAAAGGAAGCGGUGGAGCUACAGUCUUCCCACAUUAAAGAAGAAGCAGCGGAACAAAGCAUCAGUCAGGAGGGAGAUCAUACUGAAGGUCUGGUGGAGUUCCCAGUGACUGGUGUCCCUGUGAAGAGUGAAGGUGAUGAGGUCAAAGGUGAAAGUGAGGAGAAGAGAGAGGCGGAGCCUCCAAGCAGCAGCUCAACACAACACAUGACAAUAGAAGCUGAUGGAGACCACUGUGGAGGAUCACAAGCAGACAAGCUUUUAGCUCCACUAUCAGAUAGUGAGGACACAACGUCACCCUCUCCUGACACUGAUGAUGAAGACUCUAAAGAUGAUAAGACAUGUCAAACUGACAACACUCACUUGAAAUGUUCGCACUGUGACAAAACCUUUAAAUACCAUUGUCAUCUGAAAACCCACUUGAGGACGCACACUGGAGAGAAACCUUUUUCUUGUUCAAUCUGUGGCUUAUCUUUUACAAGGAAGGACAAUAUGAAAGAGCACACAAGAACACACACAGGAGAAAAACCUUUUUUGUGUUCUGUGUGUGAUUCAAGGUAUGUACGAAGUCAAGAUUUGAAAAAACAUCUAAAAAGACACACUGGGGAAAACCUUUUUAAGUGUUCUGUGUGUAAUUCAAGUUUUGUCCGAGGUGAAAGUUUAAAAAUCCACAUGAGAACACACACUGGAGAAAAACCUUUUUCUUGUUCAAUCUGCGACUUAUCUUUUACGAGGAAGGUCAGUUUGAUGGAUCACACAAGAACACACACUGGAGAAAAACCUUUUUCGUGUUCAUUCUGUGGUAAAUGUUAUCCAAGGAGGUACCAAUUGAAAUCUCACAUGAGAAAACACACUGGAGUGAAACCUUUUUCGUGUUCAGUGUGUGAUUCAAGUUUUGUUCGAAGUCGAGAUUUAGAAAAACACAUGAAAAUUCACGCUGGGGGAAAAUGUUGAGUUGCAGUGUGUGUGAUGAAAGAUUCUCUCAUGAGUACCAACUUAACAAACAUAAGUGUGCUGGUGAGAACAGCAGCAGUAAAAUAGAAAAAGGCUCCGCAGACCUCCACCAGGCCAAAUCUCCCAAUAAAAUCUGUUGAAUCCAGAAGGUGAUCAGGAUCCACGCCAACAUUUAAUGACAUGUUCCUUAUCCCAUUUCUGACAUGUCCUGAAAGUUUCAUUGAAAUGUAACCAUUUUGUUAUGUUAUUAACUGACAAUCAAACGAACCCCAAAUCACUUUUAGUUACUUUUCAAUUACCUCAAUAGCAAACAUGUAAAUAUGUUUCUUAGUUACACAUCCUGGAAAACAACAUCCACACAACAGUUUUUAUUUAUUAUUCAUUUUUACUAAUACUUCUCGUUGUGUACUAACAACAUCAAUUUGUAUGUCUGUUAAUAUUUAAGAAGUGAUGAAGAUGUUAUGGUUCAGUGUGCCCCUUCACAGUCUUGUUGUCUCCUUCACAGUCUUGUUGUCUCCUAAACAAGUCUCCACCUUGGUGGUGCCAGCAGCCGUACUACUUGUACUUGUACACUAUACUAUAUGAUUAUGCACACCUUUUGUGAGAUAGACAUUUUUGUUUGUACUAGCAAUUUGAAACCAGCGCUGUAUCCUUUGCAUGUGACCUUGAAGAAUAAAAUGUCUGUUUUUAUGACUAAUUAUAUGAUUCUUUGAGAUGUUUUAACAAAAAUAAAAGUAUUUUUUCAA